CCUGCUGGAGGUCUCCUUGCCGCAACGAAUUAAGCUUCAGCUGGUUGUUUGGGGCGCCGGGCGUAAUAAGGACGUUAGAAGUGCUUCUCUGAAAAACCUGAUACUAUUAGGUACAUGUACAUUUGUGCUUCAUGUCUGUGCAUCCCAGUGGGCUAUCAAUAUGGAGCUGUCAGAAGAUCAGAAAAAGCAAGCGCAAGACGUUACUGAAGAACUAUUCACCACCAUCUGUAAAAACAUCAGCAAUGUAGAGCUAGACAAGUUAAAAGGCAUAAUACGUAAAAAGGAUGUGUGGAGUUAUCUUGGUAUCAAUGAGGAGGAAUUACAUCGAGCAAAAACAGUGAAAAAAUUUCUGAAUUUACUGCACAGGAAUUCUCCACGUGCUCUAAACCCCGUACUAGAUAACUUAGCUCUAUGUAUGCAGGAACUCUCUCGGGAUGACAUCAUUUUACAUAUUAUGUCAGCUGAUAAGAAGUUAUCAAAUAUAUUUGGCCCCAGAGUACAGAUACAGCUUGCAUCACAAACUUUGUUCAUCAAUGUACCGGAAGAAAUAAGAGGACACCAAGAACAAGAAGCCUACAGAAAAGCAGUGGAGGAGGGUCAUAAGCAAGUACAUCGAACAAGAUUGAUGAUUGUUGGGCAAGAACGAGUAGGGAAGACUAGCCUCAAGAGGAGUCUGACACAUCAAAGUUUCAAUAAGGAAGAAUCAUCAACUGAGUGCAUCAGUGCAUCAUCUGUCUGCAAAAUAGACAUCAAACAUGCAACAUCCUGGCAACUGCACCAAGGAGGAGAUGAUUCAACCAGUAUUAGACGUGAAUAUGAAGAAAGUGUGAAAAAUGAAGCAUCUUUCAACUUCCACAAUUUCAUCAUGCAGAAUUAUCCAGUGAAGAUACAGAUGCCCCCGGGUACACAUGUAACACCUACAUAUCCAGCAGACCAGGCAUCCCAAUCCGCACCGGCUUCUCCUUAUCAGCCUCAGAAAUCACAAGAAGACAGCAAAACAAGGAAAUCUCCAAUUAAUGAACCGACUCCACAACUAGGAGUGAGAAAGAGGCAUAUCUCUGGUGCAUUGGAACCAAUUGUUCUCAGCCUUUGGGACUUUGCUGGUCAAGAUUUGUACUAUACUUUACACAAGACAUUUCUGUCUUCUCGAGCCAUAUAUGUGGUCGUGUUCAACCUUUGUCAAGACCUUGACAAACCAAUACAAACUAAUGAAAGACCUGAUGAUCAAGGGGACAGCUGUCACAGCGAUAGGAUGACUCCCCUGCAAUAUCUUGAUUUCUGGAUGCGUUCAAUUUUCACAUACACGAAAGAAAACUCCUCAAAAGAAAGAUUAGAGCAGAAAUCUCCUCCCAUCUUCAUUGUUGGUACUCACCGAAAUAGCGUUGGAGGAGAUGACUUGCCAGACAGUGAACGCAAACAGUUGAUAGAUAAAAUAUUUACUCGAAUAAGAACGGAAAUCAGCAAUAAGCCAUACUCAAGGUUUGUAGUGGGAGAGUAUUAUGCCAUAGAGAACUCCAUGGAAACGAACAACGACAAGAUCUGCAGACUGAGAAAGCAUAUUGAGAGCAUUGCAAGGAAAGAGCCCUACAUGGGACAGCUAAUUCCAUUGCGAUGGCUGCAGUUUGAUGACAGAAAACUGAAGGAAGUAGCUAAGAGUGGCGGAAUUCCUAUUUUAACACUGCAGCAGGUGAAGGAUGACUUUGGUUUAGAAGAUGAAACCGAACUUCUGACGAUGCUGAAGUUCUACCAUGAUCUCGGCCACAUUAUCUACUUUGGAGGUGAUGGUGAUCAGAAGAGUCAAGCCUUGAAGGAUGUAGUCAUUCUGGAUCCUCAGUGGCUGAUUGAUGCAUUGAAGAAGGUCAUCACUAUCACACCUCCAAGAAAACAG